AUGCGUAAAGUGAUCCGAGAAAUCAGCCUGGAGGCCAAGGCAGUCGCCCCCAAAUUUAGAACUUCCCAAGGAAAAGCCAAGCUAUGCCAAAAGGAUCUCCACCGAGGAAACGACAUGAGUGACAAGCGGGAAGGACAGCAGGCGGCAAGUGAUACCUCCAAGGCAUCAUCGUCGGAAUAG